UGAGCUCUUGAGCAACACCAAAACAAAACACAAUAUUCUUUCUGUUUCUGUUCUUACGUUUCAGAAAGCUUAGCUCAGAAUCACUGAUAUAAAAUCUAUUCUUAGAAUCAUUCUCACGCUUCUGUCACAGACCCUUCUCAGCUUUUUCAGCAAAGUUUGGAAUUUGUGUGAGGUUUUCGAAAAAGAGAGGGAAUUGAAGGAGAUAUUGAUGAUCGGAAAAUGAAGUUCUGCAAGACAUACCAGGAGUACAUGCAAGGCCAAGAGAAUAAGCUACCUGAGGUUGGCUUCAAGAAGCUUAAGAAGAUCCUGAAGAAAUGCCGCAGAGAUUUUCAGUCCGGAAACGACAUUAAUAAUCUCGCCGUACAUGACCCCAGAACAUGCCCUGAUCAUUGCCCAGUGUGUGAUGGGUCGUUUUUCCCCUCACUGCUCAAUGAAAUGUCUGAUGUGGUAGGAUUUUUCAAUCAGAAAGCACAGAAAUUGCUCGAGUACCAUUUGGCUUCUGGGUUUCGUAAGUACAUGCUUUUAUUCAAAGGCAAGCCUCAAGGAAACCAUGUUGCUUUAAUCCAAGAAGGCAAGGACCUUGUUACUUAUGCACUUAUUAACGCCAUUGCGAUCCGAAAAAUACUAAAAAAGUAUGAUAAGAUUCAUUACUCAACGCAAGGGCAGGCCUUUAAGUCACAAGCGCAAAGUAUGCACAUUGGAAUUCUUCAAAGUCCUUGGCUUUGUGAGCUUAUGGCUUUCCACAUUAAUUUAAGGCAAUCAAAUAUCAAGUCGAGGAAGAGACCUGCUUUGUUUGAGGGGUGCUCUCUUACGAUGAAUGAUGAGAAGCCGACUCUCACCUGUGAACUCUUUGAUUCUGUCAAGGUUGAUAUUGAUUUGACAUGUUCAAUAUGCCUGGACACAGUUUUUGAUCCAGUUGCUCUCACUUGUGGUCAUAUAUUCUGCUACAUGUGUGCCUGCUCGGCUGCAUCGGUGACCAUCGUUGAUGGGAUCAAGGCUGCUGAGCCUAAAGAGAAAUGCCCUUUAUGCCGAGAGGCAAACGUUUACCGAGGUGCUGUACACCUAGAUGAGCUUAGCAUUUUAAUCAGCAGAAGCUGCCGCGAAUACUGGGAGCAGCGGAUUCAGACAGAGAAGGUGGAGAGGGUUCGGCAAGCUAAGCAGCACUGGGAAGAACAGUGCCGGUUAUUCAUGGGCAUUUGAUAUGAUUAACCAGUUAGAUAACUUUAGAGCUAGGCUUAGCUUGUAAAAAUCCAUGAACUUCUUGUUUUUGGAUGUUGUUCUGCGUAGAAGUCUUAUUGAUAUCGUCUUAACUCAAUUGUUUUUGAGGUGCUUGAUGGUUAAUCCCAUUUUGCAUCACUCAACAUUUGUGCUACUUUCAAUGGCAACAAAAGAAGAUAGCUUCUUGCUAGAAUUACAGCUCGUGAAGCUGUCACGGUCAUUCUCAGUAGUCCUUUAAUUUCAGCUUCCUUUGAUUGGAUAA